AGAUGGCGGACGGAGUGAUAGUUAAAGCGAAGACUCAAAGAGGCAAGCGUGUUAUUGAAAGCAAAGCACCAAAAGCCGUAGAGAACACUAAAACAGCAAURUUUAUACGUGGAGGAAAGACCAGUGAAGUUGUGACACAAGCCUUAAAAGAUUUAUGUGCACUCAAGAAACCAAAUGGUGUAAUGUUUCAAAGAAAAAAUAUAUUAAAACCAUUUGAAGAUCAAACUUCUUUGGAAUUCUUUUCUGUCAAAAAUGAUGCAUCUUUGUUUGUCUAUGGAUCUCACUCCAAGAAACGGCCACACAAUCUUGUUAUAGGAAGAUGUUAUGAUGGCCAUGUGUUAGACAUGAUAGAACUGGGAAUAGAAAAGUAUAAAACUCUGCAGAGUUUUAAGACCAGCAAGUGUACCAUGGGAACAAAGCCAUGUUUGUUGUUUACAGGAGAGGCUUUUGACAGUGAAACAGAAUACAAGAGACUCAAGAACAUGCUAAUAGAUUUUUUCCGAGGGCCUGUUAUUGAGAAAGUCAGGUUACAAGGGCUGGAACACGUAAUACAAGUCGCAGUUGUUGAUGGAAAGAUAUUAUUUAGAAGUUACAGGCAAAUAAAGUCAAGAACAUCGAUUAUGAUGCGUUUGGAACCAAGACUGGUCGUGUGCAUAUGACAAGACAGGAUUACGGCAAGUUACAAACACGAAAGAUGAAAGGAUUGAAAAGAAACCAAGAAGACAAUGACGAUACUAUAACUGAUAAUAAAAGAAUAAAAGAAUCAUGAAAUA